CCUUCCUGUCGCCGCCUCGCCUCGCGUGUCGGCCCCGCGGGCGACUGGCGCUCGGCUUCGGGGGCGCCCCGGCGGCAGGGGCAGGGGCGGGAGAUGCCCGGGCCGGCGGGCGGCCCUGCAAGCGGGCGCGAGUGAGGGGCGCGGGAGCCCCGAAGGGGGGCAAGUUAGAGAUGGACGAGUGUAUGGAGACCCUCAAGGACGAAGAGGAUGCCCUGUGGGAGAAUGUGGAAUGCAAUCGGCACAUGUUGACUCGGUACAUCAACCCAGCCAAGCUGACCCCAUAUCUGCGUCAAUGUAAGGUCAUCGAUGAACAAGAUGAAGACGAAGUGCUCAACUCUCCUAUGCUGCUAUCCAAAAUUAACCGAGCAGGCCGGCUAUUGGACAUUCUUCAUACGAAAGGAGAAAGGGGCUACGUGGUUUUCUUAGAAAGCUUGGAAUUCUACUACCCUGACCUUUACAAACUGGUGACAGGGAAGGAGCCGACACGACGGUUUUCCACUAUUGUUGUAGAGGAAGGCCAUGAAGGCCUUACCCAUUUCUUGAUGAAUGAGAUCAUUAAGCUGCAACAGCAAGUCAAGACCAAGGAUGCCCAGCGGUGUGAACUCUUAGCCAAAUCCCGCCAGAUGGAGGAUGAGACGAAGCAGAUGAAACUCAACAAAAUAGAGCUGCUGACCUUCCAGGAGAGGUACAACAAAAUGAAAGAAGAGCGGAACAACUACAACGACGAGCUGGUCAAAGUUAAGGAUGAGAACUACAACCUGGCAAUGAGGUAUGCCCAGCUGAGCGAAGAAAAGAAUAUGGCCGUGAUGAGAAGCCGAGACCUUCAACUAGAGAUUGACCAGCUCAAACACUGGUUGAAUAAAGUGGAGGAGGAAUGCAAGCUGGAGAGAAACCAAUCUCUGAAGCUCAAGAACGACAUUGAGAACCGGCCCAAAAAAGAACAAGUUCUGGAACUGGAGCGGGAGAACGAGAUGCUGAAGACGAAGAUUCAGGAGUUGCAAUCCAUCAUUCAGGCUGGGAAACCUGGUUUGCCAGAUUCAGAUAAAGCCAUUUUGGAUAUCCUGGAGCAUGACCGCAAAGAGGCACUAGAGGAUCGCCAGGAGUUGGUCAAUAGGAUCUUCAGCCUCCAGGAAGAGAUCCGCCAUGCAGAAGUCCUCCGAGAUAAGUACCUUGAAGAGAAGCAAGAACUGGAGUUAAAAUGCUCAACUCUGGGGAAAGACUGUGAAAUGUACAAGCAUCGAAUGACAACGGUGAUGAUUCAACUGGAUGAAGUGGAGAAGGAAAGAGACCAGGCGUUCCGUUCUCGUGAUGAGGCACAAACACAGUACUCACAAUGCUUGAUUGAGAAGGACAAGUACCGGAAGCAGAUCCGGGAACUGGAGGAAAAGAAUGAUGAACUGCGGAUUGAGGUGGUUCGGAAAGAGGCCUGCAUCAUUAACUUAGAAAGCAAAGUCCGACGUCUCUCUAAGGACAGCUGCUAUGACCAGAGCUUACCAAGGAAUUUGCCCCUCACCAUAAUUUCUCAGACUCUAGAAAUACCCAGCCCAAAAAUAAAUGGCCAGGAAGCUGACGACUCCUCGACCUCUGAGGAGUCUCCUGAAGACAGCAAAUUCUUCAUCGUAGAUCAGCCUCGAUUCAGAAGGCGGAUGAACCUGAAGGGUAUCCAGCUGCCACGAAUGAAAUCCCCUGUGGGUACCAGCAAGGCACCAGAUUUUCAAGCAGUUCGAGGAUACGAAGAGGACAGGGGCGAAGCCAGUAGCAGCCACACAGACACCAGUUCCUCUAAUCCCAUUUCCAUCAGUAACUCGGCAGGCAGUUGUGAAGUUGGCAAAAUCCAAACCCUUCGAAAUCGCAACCCCAGCAUUAUGUCUACAACCCCAGAGCCACCAGGGAAUGAUUCCAUCGUUCGCCGAUACAAAGAAGACGCUCCCCCUAGCAGCCUGACCGAAGAAGACAACGAUAGUUUUGUCUAUGAGGCAUCAGAGCUGGAAGAUGACUUCCAUGACAGGCAUUCGUAUGGACCCGCCUCACUGCCUUCUUCCACGUCUUCUCACCAAUCAGAGGGCCUGGACCUUGAGCAAGUCAACUCCAUUUUCAGGAAGUUCUCCCUGGAGAGGCCUUUCCGCCCCUCAGUGACAUCUGUCGGGCGCCUCCGGAACUCGUGCCACACCGUCCAGUGCAUCAUUCUGAAUGGAGACAGCCUGAGUUCUGAGAUCUCUGUGCUGGGGGGCAACAGCAAAGGCAGCUUCGUCAAUUCUGUCAAAGUGGGAUCCGCAGCAGAGAAAGCAGGUCUCCGGGAGGGGCACCAACUGCUUCUGAUGGAAGGCUGCAUCAAAGGAGAAAACCUGAGCUGUCCCUUAGAUACCUGUACAAAGGAAGAGCUUCACUGGAUAAUUCAGAGAUGUAGUGGACCUGUUACGUUGCACUGUAAAUUGAAUCAUGAAGGCCACAGGAAGCUGUUGUCUGAGAUGGAAGAAGGCCUGAUCACAUCUGGGGACUCCUUCUACAUCCGCCUGAACCUUGGCAUCUCCAGCCAGAUGGACUGCUGCUCCCUCUCGGUGAAAUGCGACGAGAUCCUGCACGUCCUUGACACCAUGCACCAGGGCAAGUGCGAGUGGCUUUGUGCCAGAGUGGACCCCUUCACUGACAGAGACCUGGAGACGGGGACCAUCCCCAAUUUCAGCAGAGCUCAACAGCUCCUUUUAGUAAAGCUGCAGAGGCUCAUGAACAGAGGAAGCCGAGAUGAGACAGACAGUUCAUACGGGACAAUGAGAGCUCCUCGGAAUACACUGCAGCCAGAAGAGCACACACCACCAAGUGACCCCAAAGCUAGCCCUCGCCUUUCGCGAGCCAGUUUCCUAUUGGGUCAGAUCUUACAGUUUGUCAGCAGGUCUGAUAACAAGUUCAAACGCAUGAACAGCAACGAACGAGUCCGCAUCGUCACGUCAAAGGACACCCGGGCCAGGCCAGAGGCACAGUCGGUGACGAAAGCGCUGCUUGACAGAUUUGAAGAGUUUGACUCAGUGAGUGAAAUCAACCGGAGCUUAAGCCUGAUCCCUUAUAGUUCUGUGAGGCCCACCCACUGCGACAACAGGCGUCCUGUCCUUUUCGCUCCUACAGUGCUCUCGAAGACCUUGAUCCAAAAGUUUCUCAACUCUGGUGGGGCCUUGGAAUUCAAUUUGUGCAAGCCAGAGAUCAUAACCAAGGAAGAAUUCUUGAGGAGAAAUGAAUCCGAAAUGAUAAUCUACUCCAGAGAAAGAAAUCCACACACCUAUGAGUGUAUUUUUCCUGCAAACAUCGAGGCUGUUGCUGCCAAGAACAAACAUUGUCUGCUUGAAGCUGGGAUCAGCUGCACAAAGGAUUUAAUCAAGGCUAAGAUCUACCCCAUUGUUCUCUUUAUUAGAGUCUCAGAAAAAAACAUCAAGAGGUUCAGGAAGCUGCUACCAAAGCCGGAGGUGGAGGAUGAGCUCCUACGGAUGUGCCGUCAGAAUGAAAAAGAACUGGAGGCCUUGCCCUGCCUUUACGCUCCUCUAGAGGUCGAUACGUGGAGCAGCAUAGAGGACCUCCUCCGGAUAAUCAAGGAGAAAGUUGGUGAAGAGCAGCGCAAAACCAUCUGGAUUGACGAGGAGCAGUUGUGAAAUGGGGAUCCAGCUUGCAAAAAACAGAUCUUCUGGUUGAACGGGUUCCAGAAGCUUGGAGAGACUCCCUGAGGUACAGCCUGCUACCACUGUUCCAUCUUUUCCCACCGGACGUCCUCAGAAACCAGCAGGAUGGUGCAUACCAGAGAAAAAUAAAAACUGCGUGUCUUCGGCAAAGGGCAUCCCCAGAUGCUACCUUGGCAUCAUCGGCUGGUGAGGAAGCAGGCUUUGCUCCUGCACCACAAGCACCCGUCCCUUCAGGACGGCAUCUGCUGAAGGCUGGUGAUCUCAAAGGGCAUCUUUGUCUAUGAACGUAAAAUCGGGAUAGGAGCUUAGACCCCACGGAGGAGACUGGAGAAGACUCACCCAUCCACCAACGGAGAGGUUGCUUGGACUUGGAAGCCAAGGACUCACACGCUUCAGACCAUGAAAGAAUGUAUGCCGUGACUGAGAUUCCACUUUGCCCAGUAGCAGAGCUGCUCUCAGAAUGUAUUUUCACUACACGUGCGUGUAAUUUUUGUACCAGUUUGGGUGAUGCACUUUCCUCCAGAGAAUCCUGAGAAUCGUAGUUUAGUGAAGUACGGAGUACUCUCUGUUUGAGAUGCCCCUCUCACAAAGCUACAAUUCACAGAGGGAGAGGGAAAUACUGUUAAACCAAGCUGUAUGGAACAUUCUGCAAUUUCAGUUUUGCAGACAGAAACUCACAAUUUCAGAAAGGUAGACAUUCCCCCCCCACCCCAAAAUAUUUAAGUGGUGCUUUCUUUCUCUUACCUGCUGCUAUGGCAUCUCCCCCUCCUUGCUUUAGUGACAUGGAUGGAUUCUACCCAAUUGAAUAUCAUGCAUUGGCGAUGUCACAACAGUGCCUAGCCAAUGGUUUCUGCCUAUGGGGUGACAUCACUGAGAGUCAUGUUACUGUAGUUUUUCCAAAGAUGUGCUGGAAAACCAUCAAAAAGGCAUUUCAGCACUGCUGAAAAUGUUCACAGGGGACAUGGACUCCCUUAGUGAGCAAUCCUAAGCAGGUCUACUCAGAAAUAAGUCUCAUUCAGUGGGGCUCAGCAAGAUGCCUUGAUAAAGGGACUGGGACUGUUGACUAUUCUACUGGGUACUGUCUGUUGAUGUAGAUAUAGUCCUACAUCUUGUUAUGCUUUGCUUUCAACAAUGUUUCAUCUCUCAGGUUUAUACUGGUUUUUUUCAAAUUUCUACAACCUGUACCCUGUUUGUUCAGUGAACGCCCUAGCUGUUGAUCUUACUGACUUGCACUGUGUAAUCUGCCUUGGGCCUCGGUUAGAAAGGCAGACUAUAAAUAAAUUUUAAAAAUAUAAAACUCCCAAAGAAGUGCUCUCAGAAUUGCAACCUAAGUCUGUGGUGUAGAUACAGCUAUAGGGUGGAAAUGCACAUUACUAAGUACCUAGGGGCGCCCAAGUGAACCUCAUUUCACAUGUCCCCCCUCCAACUUUCCAUAUACUCACCUGCAUAGUCACACUUCAGUUUGCUCUACAUGAGUACAUUCACACAGGUGAUAUCAGUUCCUCCUCAAUUGCUAAAAAUAUCCCAGUUUCCCCCACCUCCCACAUCAAUUCAUUGAAAUGCAGAUCUUGACACUUUCUCAAACCUUACAGAAAUGCAAAUUGGCAAGUCAAAGGCGCCUACAGUACUUGUUCUCACAGCGAAAACAGAGAUGAAUUAGCCCUCUGCCCUCUGGACAGAUGCAGUCACACACAGAGAGCUCCCAUGAAAGUGGCAUUGCAUGUGCACCAAGCAAGAACAGCCUGCACAUGAAUUGAGGACCACACAUAAAAUCCUGCACUUGAGCAUCCCCAGGUAACUCGCAACAUGUAUUUCCAUUCUUAGUCUUGGCAGACGAAGACUUACAGAACAAUCCACCAAGUGCCAAGGCCUCAUCCUUCAUCUAUACCUGCUAACCUCAAUGGGACCAGUGUAGAGCUAAAAUAAAUUGCAGUGGCACAGCCUGCAUCCUCAGCCAACACUGGUUGUGUGCUGUUUUAUACCUGGCCCUUUGAAGAAUGCAGAUUUCAAAGGCUUUAUAUCUGGCAGCGAGAGAAAAUUUGUCCACUUUAAAAUCUUAAAUCAAGCAAUCAGUUUUCCCCGCCUAUUCACAGCAAACUGCUUUAUCAUUUGGCAUUAUUUUCUUCCAUAAAAGCAUGUAUAAGCAUAUAUAAAAAUAAGAGUCUCUGUUUGUUUUUUUCUCUCCCCAAAACAAACAAAAAAUCCUCCCAGUUUUAUAGGUGAUUGUCUCGGCUAAGAGUGGAUGUGCACCAAGCAAGAACAGCCUGCACAGUGUUAAGGUGAAAGUGUUUUCAGAAAAGAUGGUACUUGAAAUGGG